GGGGAGAGAGAGAGGCUCUCUCUCUCUCUCUCUCUCACAGCCAUCCUCUCCUCCACACACACACACACACACACACUCACACACACACACGGCAGCCGCUCACUAAGUGGGAAGUUUUCGCGGUCGAGUCCUAAACUAAUCACCUUCAUGUCGACUCUGUUGGAUCCAAACCCGCCGAUGCUAUGGUUACCUUUAUUACGAUCUUACAGGUGAAUCUAGUGAUGUCCAUCCUGCUCUACGUGAUGGUCCUUGUCUACCUCUAUGGUAUCCAGGCAAGUAACAUGGAUGGCAGCCACCGGGGGCAGCAGCAGCAGAAGCAGCAGCAGAAGCAGAAGCAGCAGCAGCAGCCGGACCAGGACGCCCUGAACUCCCUCAUCAUCCAGCUGCUCCAGGCCGACCUGAUGAAGGGCAGAUCCCGGGGCAACCACAGCCAACAGGGUAAAAGCAGGGAGACGCCGCCGCAGGACUUCCUGCCUCCGUUCCCCAGCGCACGCUCUCCCUCGGAGGACCAGAGUGACAUGGACCAGUGGGGGGCGGGGAGUCGCAGCGGAGGGGGCAGCGACGGCCUGCUGGAUCAGCAACUGCUGAUGUUGAACUCUGACCUCCUCAGGCAGCAUAAGAGGUACAACUCACCCCGGGUCUUGUUGAGUGAUCGGCCCCCGCUGCAGCCCCCGCCCCUCUACCCCGCAGACGACUUUGUCAGCAGCGGGCCGGAGUUUGGACUGCCGGGAAACAAGACGCGGAAGAAGAGAUACGCCGAGCACAGGAGCUACCGCGGGGAGUACUCCGUCUGCGACAGCGAGAGCCAAUGGGUGACGGAUAAAACCCAGGCCGUGGACACGGGGGGGAACGCCGUCACCGUCCUGGCUAAGAUCAAAACCAACGCAACUCCGGACAUCAAGCAGUUCUUUUAUGAGACGCGGUGUCGGACCGCCAGACCGUUUAGGGGGGGCUGCAGAGGCAUCGACGACAAGAACUGGAACUCGCAGUGUAAGACGACGCAGACGUUCGUCCGAGCGCUGACGCAGGUUCGUAACGCGGUGCGGUGGAGAUGGAUACGCAUCGACACGUCCUGCGUCUGCGCUCUGUCCAGGAAACGUCAAAGGACGUAAACAACCUCUCCCCCCCACCCCACCAGGUAGAAAUGGUUUCAGAACCUGGUCCAGAUCGGUACCGGCGUGGGGUUCUGGAACAUCAGAACCGUUCCCUGGGCUGAGGUCAGGACUCUGAAGGAAG